AUGAUAGGGAAGCUCCUACGAUUAGGAAGAAGGCAACUUCACACUAUUAUCUCUCGAGAAACAAUCAAGCCUUCUCAUGUAACCCCUUCUCAUCUCCACACUUAUAAUCUUUCCUCAAUUGAUAAAUUAGCCCAACACACGUACAUGCCACUGAUUCUCCACUACUCAAACAAUGACAACAACAAUUUAUCAGCUCACGAUAAAGCCCAGAAGAUGAAGAAAUCGUUGUCACAGAGCCUAGCACGAUACUACCCCUUUGCAGGAACGUUACAAACUCCCACAACACCUUAUGUUGAUUGUAACGACGAGGGAGUUGUAUUUUUUGAAGCCAAAAAUGAUAGCCAAUUGGAAGCAUUCCAGCAUUGUAUUAGCGAACAAGAUGAAACUGUAGAGCAACUUUUUGCCGAUGGUCUGUUUUGUGACAACUCUCCUCAUAGUAAGAGUCUUAUUGGUGUUCAACUCAAUCACUUUGCCUGUGGUGGAGUCAUUGUGGGAUUGUCUAUGUCACACAAAAUCGGUGAUGGCUGCACUUUAGUCUCAUUUAUAAGUCAUUGGGCUUCGGUGACACGUUAUGGUUCAACUGAGCACAAAGAGGUUAUCAGUCAAGGGUAUGCGAAUCGUGUCACAAAGAAAUUCGUUUUCCCUAACACAAAAUUAAGCGAUCUCAAGAACAAAGUCAACGCCUUGGCGUUAGCUGGAUCUACAUCACCUAAUAAAAACCCUACGCGGGUUGAAGUGUUGACCUCUUUACUCUAUAAAACCGCUGUGUCAGCAGCCACCACAAAAUCAGGUUGCUUUAAGCCAUCUUAUUUGUUUAUGCCGGUGGAUAUACGUAACAAAUUUGUUGAAAAACUGCCGCAAACAAUGGUGGGAAACUUCGUGGGGAUCAUGAUGAUACCUACGAGGCAUGCAAGUGAAACUUCUUUAAGUGUGAUGGUUGAAGAGAUGAAGAAAGAAAAGUCCAAACUUGAAGGUAUUCCAAACGUGGAACAUGCUGCUGAGAACUUUAAAACGUUGAAGUUAAAACUUGGAAACGAAGAUAUAGAGGAUGUUACUCAGAGAUCGUAUUGGUGUUCGAGUUUAUGUGGUUUCCCUUAUAACAAAGUGGAUUUUGGGUGGGGGAAGCCUAUGGGUGCAUCUAUAGCAGUUAGGUCCGCAGAUCGGAUUGGUUUCCUGUUGACGGAUACUCCGGAUGGAGAUGGUAUCGAGGCGCUAGUGGUUUUGGAAAAAGAAGACAUGGAAAUAUUUGAGAAUGACAAGGAGAUGCUGUCAUUUUGCCAAAUUAUCUAG